AUGGGCCUUAACCUGGACCACAAGACAAAUAUCAACAGGUUUAAAAAUGGAGUCACACAGAACGUGCUCUCUGAUGACCGCUUGAUUCGCCGCAAGGCUGUGGGCACGGGGCUGCUGGCCAAAGGCACGGGUGUCGUGGAGGGCAGGAAGCAGAGAUCCGGCCAGCAAAAACCCACCACCUCCUGCGUGAGGACCACUGUCCACAAGAAUGCCCUGGCCACCCUGGGUAGCCCUAGGCUCACUAUCCGCAAGAGCAAGAACCGCCCAGACCUGCACAUGGCUGCUGGUAGCCCUCCAAAGGUGAAGAGGAAGCCGCCCCCACCGAGAGCUCCUGAGCUCCUGUCCCCACCUCCAAAGCCAUAA